CUUAAAGCUUCAUACUCCUUCCUAAUAAAAGAUAUGUAGGGGCACCUGGGUGGCUCAGUCAGUUAAGCAUCCAACUCUUGAUUUCGGCUCAGGUCAUGAUCUUGAAAUUGUGAGAUUGAGACCCAUGUUAGGCUCUGUGCUGACAGCGCAGAGCCUGCUUGGGAUUCUCUCUCUCCCUUCUCUUUCUGCCCUCUCUCUCUCUCUCUCUCUCUCAAAUAAACUUAAAGAAAUAAAUAAAAGAUAUGUAUAUGCUCUUGAGUACACAAUAAGUUUUGAGGAACAUUUUUUUAUCUGAAAGGAAGUUUCUUAGAAUCAUUGUUCAAGAAAAUGCUAAAAGAUAAGUUUAUCAGUUUAUUUGGUGAUCAGUUUUGGUAUGAGCACACUGGUCCCGAAUGUGAUGAUUAUAUCAAAUUAGAAAGCAACGGUUAUUAGACUGAGGAAUAAGGUGACCUGGCAAAAAAACUGUUCUUUCCAGGCAGUGUUGACUGUCUGCGAAACACCUUUUUCAUUGCUUCUGUGAUGGUAGCCUUAAUAGUCUUCUUUCUAAUCAGCUAUGGGAAGAAAAUUUGAUAGAGUAAUGUUAUGUGCAAGUCCCUAACAUUUCUUUCUUCCUUCCACCAAACCACCCUUUUUCUUGAAUACUUUUAUACCAGUUUUAUAAACACAGGGCAUGUUAUCUGGAUAAUGAUGCCAAGGUAACUGCAACAAAAUUGAUGAGUGUCUGAAUCGAAAAAUUGAAUUUAUACCAGUACUUCUCUGUCUGAUUGUUUUGGAUUCAUUUGGUUGCCUUUAGUAUAUUUAGGUGUUUUAUUUUAAAUACCGUAAGAUUGUUCUGAGUUGACUUUAUCCAGAAUAUAGGUUCAUAUUCCUCCAGUCAAGGUGUGCUAAAAGUCUUUUGCCUCAUUUGCUUUCAUUUCAUAGGGAAUAAUAGACUAGCCUUGGAGAAACUGAGAACAGUUAUUCUUCAGACUUAAGUGACAGGUUUCACACUUUUAAAACAUUGCCAGUUUUCAACUUAAUUCAGUGAACACAGUAUUUCCUAAAGAAAAGUUUUGGGAGAGCUUUUGUGUUCCAGUUGUAUUUGCAUUGUUUUACUUUUUUAUAAUUUGUUUUAAUUUUUUUUUGUAAUCUCUAUACCCAACAUAGGGUUCAAACUCAUGACCUCAAGAUCAAGAAUUGCACGCUCCUCCAGUCGAGCCAGCCAGGCGCCCUACAUUUGCCUUAUUUUAAAAUUUACUUUAUAUUUUAUUUAAAAUUUAUAAGAAUAUUGUAUUCGAAAUUCUAAAAUUCAUUCUGGUACAUUUUCUUGCCUUACUAUAGUGAAAGCCAGUAAACAGACUAGGAAAUGUUUGUUCCCUGUAUUAGGAUUUGACAAUAGAGUUAGAACAGUUGUUAUUUUGGCCAGCUUUGGCAUAGUCACACCAUGCUUUCUUACCAGUCAGUCAGGUAUAAGUUGGAGGGGUACUAGUGGGGUUUUACAUUUUUCUAGGAGCUCCCACAUUGAAGUCUCUCUUACGAGAAGAUGCUUAAAGUUUUUUAAAGGAGGUUAUAUAAUCUUUGAAGGAGCUAUUUAUAGCCUAGAAAAAUAUGUCCACUUAAAAAUAAGAUCCUUAUAAUUUUAUUUAGUUGUGUGUUCAGUUAGGAAGGAAACAUUUUCCACCAUACAUUUUGUGCUGAGGAAAUAUAAAUGACAAUAAUAUCAAGUACCACUUUAAGUGGUAUUUAGCCCUAAAGAAAAGAUAAAUGUAGGAAUUGCUGUAAUAUUUCAGAUCACAAUAACAUUCAUGGAAUCAUUGCAUUUGUUUUGAGUGCUAACAACCGUUGUUGCAUAUUUUUGCAAUCACUUGAGAACCUUCUGUGGUUGCUGGAAUGUUGCCGCUGUCACAUUCUGUUGGUAUAGAGUAAUGAACUAUGGAAUCAGUGACAAUCCAAGACAUGUAGGCUUGGAACUAGGCUAUCUGAGAACUCUACAGUGUGUUGAAGCAACACUUGACAUGGACCAGAAGACUCUGAAGAAACUGGUGGAAUCCAUUAGUAAUACUGUCAAGAACUUCAAAAAAAGUGAAGUAGAAUGUCUCAUAAGACUUUUUCACAGCUUGGUGGAAAGAGCUAAUGUAAGACUUAAUAACCUUGGACUAGAUCGUAAUGCUUUUCGAGCGAUCCUGCACAGCGUAUUUGGAAUGACUGACGAUAUGCUAAUGAACAGGGUAUUUUUUGUGUUUGACAAAGACCACGAUAACUGCAUAAAUGUGAAAGAGUGGGUUAAAGGAUUAUCAGUGUUUCUUCGAGGGACUUUUGAAGAAAAGCUGAAGUUCUGUUUUGAAGUUUACUAUUUGAAUGGUGAUGGUUACAUUUCUCGAGAAGAGAUAUUUGACAUGUUAAAGAACAGUCUACACCAACAGUCAUCUGAAGAAGAGAAUGAUGAAGGAAUAAAAGAGUUGGUAGAUAUAACACUGAAAAAAAUGGAUUAUGACAACGAUGGCAAGAUAUCUUUUGCAGACUUUGAAAAAGCAGUUAGAGAAGAGAGACUUUUGUUGGAGGUAUUUGGACCGUGUUUACCAGAAACAAAGAUACAGUGCCAAUAGCUCAAAGUGGUUAAGAGCAAAGUUUUUAAGGGAUCAGACAGUAAUACCCGCUGGACACUCACCUCUGUAGGGGCUUUAGCGCACAGCUGAAGUUUAGGCAACCAUGACGAUCUCAGCUCCAUCCUCACGUCGUGGGAAUCAACAAUAGUGAGGAUUCUAUUCAACAGACUUUUUGAGCUUGCAGCCUCUUUAGCUAUACACAAUUCCUGAUUUCUUGUAUGUUAAUAUUUUCCCAAAGAAAACUUGAGUCUAUUGGCAUGCUUAAGGGAUAGAACAUUGAACAGUGUACUCAGCAAGUACCCACCAUAACUGCCAGGACAAAAUUUGAUCUCUUUCAACCCAAAUGUUGCCAAACCAUGAGAAUAAUUAUUAAAAAUCUUGAAUACAUUUAAAGUACUUUAUAGUAUUUACGCUUAGGAAGGUUUUUCAUGUAUGAAUUUGACAAGUUUUCUGAGCCAGAAGAGCCAGCCUAAUAAUUUGACACAUUAAAAUUUCCUUUAAUUCUUCCUUUGAAGAAGAAAGUAGAAACUUUUUAAUUCUCUGCAGUGAUCUAGAUGGCGAUUUUAUGCACAAACUUGCAUGUUAAGUUCUCCUGUGCUAUCUUCUGCUCAUUUCUCUAACUUGUCCCACUGUAGUUUAUUCCUGGAAAUAAAUAGUAAAAUGCAGUGUGUGAAAGGCACACUUCCCAUUUUGAGACUGAUGGAGGAAGCCACAUAGAAUGGACUGGAUUGGAGCAACUACUUAGGUCAGAUGGAACACCAACAGAUCUCCAGUUGCUCCCAGAACUCAGUAGCCCAGUUACUGAGAACCUUGCUACUCACCAGCAGCAAUGGUGUCACCUAAGAACCUGGGGAAAAUGGGGAAUCUCAGGCCCCAACCCAAACCGACUCAAUCGUUGUUGUUGUUGUUGUUGUUGUUGUUUUUAUGAUGCUUGACACAGCAAAGGUUACUUCCACUCAUCUUGAUCAAAUAUUGUGCAUGUUGGUGGGGAUGGGGAGGCAUGCUGGCUUCCACAUGGUCACUGGAAAGAUCGUGCAAAGUCCUGAGAAGAUCAGGAAUCCAUUCAACAAAACUGAACCCACUGAGCAGCUCCUCCUUUUAAGGCUGUCAGAUAAUUUUUUUUUCAGUUGUGGUAAAAUACAUCUAACACAAAAUUUACCCAUCUUAACCAAUUGUAAACAUACAGUUCAGUGAUGUUAAGUACAUUCACAAUGUUGUACAACCAAUCUCCAGACUGCUUUCCAUCUUGGAAAACUGUAAACCGUUCUGCAUUCCCAUCAUCCACCAGUUUCUGGCCACCACUAUCAGAAUCUACAUUUUAAUACGACCCUGAGGUAGAAAUUCAUAGCACCUUAAAGUCAGAAGCAUGUUGUAGAUAGUAACUUGCUCUUUCCAAUUCUAUGCUUGGGUCUCUAACAUGUCCUUUACCUGGGAGUUGAGCAGAAAAAAAUAAUUAAUUACCUUACAAGGAAGUAAGGCCAAACCCCUUGCCUCCAGCUUCUUUUAAUACCAUCUACCAUUUGGUGCCAUCCCAGCAAGUUUGAAUCAGGUCAUAACUGAUGAUGAACCUUCUUAACCGGUAUGUUCAAAUUCAAUCCAUUAGGUAAGAGGCCUUUAGGUAUAUAGAGAAAAGAAAAACAGUUUGGUAUGGGCCUUCUCAAGGUAUUUUUAGCAGUUUAAAAAAAAAAAAAGGACACAGCUUGAACAUACUUGUUCCAGUUUCCAAUUUUGUAGUCUGAUAGGACAAACAAUGUAGGUAUGCUAAAUGUACUGGUUAGCAGUCUAGCAUUGACAAAUACAGAUUUGUUUCUGCCAUAGAUAAGCAAAUUCUUCUUAGAGACUAACUAAAGAAUAUAGGCUCCUAAUUUCAGCUUUGUUCUAAUAGUUUAACUUUUUUACUUUACAGAAUUGUAUUGAUUUUGAAGCCCUGGCAUUCAGACACAUCCUGAAUUCUAGUUUUUGAAUGUGAAACACUUAAUACUUGUAUUAAAAUCAGAAACAGA